UGAGACGAGCUGGCGAGAGGAAGAUCAACUAAGCAACCCAAUCGCCUUAGUCCUCCCGUCACUCGGCAAAGAUCUGUCGAGACUCGAACAGAGAUGCCCAUGACUUAUGCUAAUGGAGCACCUCCCCGGGUGAUGAUAGCGUUCCUAGCGCGAUUUGACGCGGUCGGUGAAGACGCUGCCUGGUUCGUACUGAAAACCCGUCCGCAGGAACCUGGGGAAUUGCUACCCGACUUCGUGGAUCGCUUUCAGACCGCCUUGGACAAAUCGGGACGGGAAGAAAACGCGGCUCGGGAUUUGUUUAUCGAUCAUCUCCGUAAUCCCGUGUUGAAGGCGAAAUUGCAGAAAAAGGUCCCUCCCAAGACAAACCAACUGUCAGUUAUCAUAGCCAAGGCCCUUGAGCUGGAUUUGCUGGACACGCGUAAGUAUAUUAGUCAGGGAGAAGAAGAUAUUUCGGACACGAUCCAAGACGUGGCGGCCAAGAGACGAUCCUGGCUCAGAGCAGUAGGACGAUUUUACCCUCGUCCCGAUCAUGACUACCAAGAUGGCCCCGCCCCAGAUCCUUUCUUGUAUCACUCCCUACCCCUCUCGAAACCGCCUCUCCCUCCGAAAGUGGUGCCCGUGAACACGGUCAUGGCCCAAGAAGCCGCAUCAGUUCCCAUCACCAAUCUGCAUCUAGCCCAGAUGAUUCAUACUGCUGCGACUAAACAGUCCGAGUGGAUGAAUAACCUGCUCCAGAUGCAGACUUCCCAGAUGGAUCGACUGGAACAGAUUAUGACAAAACUGGUAAAGGCUAAUCCCAGUUCUCCCCGCCCCGUUCCCCCUCAGUAUCCUUCGCUUACUGCUCCUCCCGCGAGAGGGCCAGCCCCUCCUGCCGCUCCCCUGCAUAUGGCUAACACAGCGGGGAGGAUCGAAUGUUAUAACUGCAAGCAGCCGGGGCACUUUGCACGAGAAUGCCCCCAGCCAAAAUGCAAUCAACCGCCCCCUGCGGCCGUGCCGGUAGCCUUGAACCAAGGUCGGGAGGCCGCAAUAUUAGAACAUGCAAGGGAAGCUUCUCCCUUCAUCGCCGAUCAACCCCCCUCGGCUGAUCCGGGCGCAUCCACGUUAGGAUCCUCUUCCGAGGCUGCAGAUAUCGUCGAUCCAACCGAGUACCUCCAGCUGGCAGGACGGAUCGGAGAAAUCCGACCCGCCAAAGAAGAACUCGAUUGGGUCGAACGUACAUCGGAACCAGAACCCCAGUUCCAAACAGGAGAAAUCGAUGUCCUACAGACACUCAAACAGUUGGAUAUUCGAGUGUCGAUCCCCGUAGGACAUUUGUUGACUAUAUCCGAAGCUGCAAAUGACAAGCUUCUGCAGCAAUGCCAGAAGAAUCAGAAGCGCUUUACCUAUCAGCGCGUUCAGCGUAUGUUGAAGAAAAAGCAGGAAGAUGAGAACGAGGCUCCCCCGGCGGUCGAAUCUAACGCACCCGAAACGACAAGAAUCGUCGCCAUCUCUUACUCCGAGAGAUAUCACUUUGUGCGUGUUCGAUCGGUCCUAUGGAAGAGUGCAGAAUGUGAUUCCGAAGUCUGGGGUAAGCCGUUCGAUGCGUUGAUUGACAGUGGAUCAUCAGCCGUAGCCAUUUCCUUGAACACAGUUCGAAAGACUGGACGACUGAAUUCCAUUCUUCCUCUACUAGAGAAAGACAACUAUGUCUCGGUCGAUGAAGAAGCCAUGAACAUCAUAGGAAUCAUCAAGAACGUUGCAAUCAAGGUGGUCCGAGUGCAUGUGCUGGUUAACGCACAGUAUCUGAGCGAUCACAAUCCGACGGCUUGGUGUUACUUGGACCUGGACGAGCUUGCACCUGAUAAUUCCGACUUCAACGAGUUUUGGCAAGCUCAUCGGGAGAACGGAGAGUUGGCAACAGACGACGAUCCAGGUCGCAUAGCCAUCGCUGGACUAUCGGAGGAAGAGGAGCCAGAAGCCCGGUCGACCUCCAAGGAAGAAGGAGAAGCAUCAGCGCCUGAACCCCGGGAAGCCUCGCAAGAACCGCCGCUCGCUCAAGGAGGAUCGACCUUGAAUCCCACUGUCCCCUCGGACGCUGCUAGCCGGCACGAUGGCGCACCAACUCCCCGAGUGCAGGAUGAAGACAGCAUCCUCAUGGGAUGGCACCCGGAGCUUGUUGCUGCCAUCAGGCCCUUCUCUGCACUACGGCCGCCCGUAGUCCACUGCCAGAUCACAAUGCUUGCGAUCCCUGCAGAUGUCUUACUGCAGGCGGCCAUCGAAAAUAGAGAGCUUAGCCUUAUCAUAGCCAAGGCCGAGAAGAUCAUCCUCGAGCUUCACCGAUACGAUUCAUCUCAUCUUGACACCGCAGGCCAGGUCUCCAUCUCUGAGAGGAAUGAAACGUUCAGCGAGACAUACAUCAACCGUAUGUCACUCUCGCAAGCCGAGCUGGAAUACUUCAGGAAAAAGGAGGCCGAGAGAAUGAGCAAUGCACAUACGGAACUCACACCGCUCACAAGAGACGCAAUGCAUAAGUUCUCUAAGAAUAGCCCCUUCUUACCUCUCGCAUCUGGUAGCUGGACACAAAAGGUUGUGCAGCGUGUCCAUAACCGUCUAUGGAAGUUUGACACAUUCAACUACACAGCACCUAUCAGCGUAGAGGCAUAUAUGGCUCUCGCUGCAAUCACGGACACAGAGGUAGAGAAUUGCCGCAGUGCUGCUAGGAACGGUACUAUCUAUUUCCCAACAACCAGAGGUGGCUUCGAUGCAGAGUUUCCACCGAUUGCCGAACUUGGGAAGGGCAAGUAUGCAAAUAGACCACUCCUUCAUCAAAAAGGCAUCCCGAAGUUUCCUGCAGAUCUUUCUGAACUCCAGAAGCUCUGGAACGCAGGAAGACCAUAUCUGAAGUGUACUUGCACCAGCUGUGAGAAGAACUUCACAUGGUUCGACCACAUGAUUUGGUACAUCAUCGGCAACCUAGACAAGAUUGACCCGCGUGCUCCAACAGAUAAGAUCAGGAUGCUUGAAUUCCAAACACUCCUUCGCACAACAUGGAGAAAGGUCAUUCUUGCGCAAAUCUCUUUCAUCUUUAUGAGAGAGUACAUGAUCAAGAUCGUGAGCCUUCUUACACAGAACAGACGAAUCUCUGCUGAAGAGAUACUGGAGUACGAGGACUUCAGAUACGUGCCAUUUGUACACAAGUUCACCGCUGCGUUGAUCCCCUGCGCCGAAGGGUUAAUAGCGCAGUCUGCAGACGCACGGCGCAAUGCAGGUGUCGAGGACAAUUCGCUCAGAAGAUUUCACGCAAAACGUAUUGGGCGAAUAGGGGGCUAUGGCCGGCCACGGAACGACACUGAGUUGAUGAUACGGGAGAAGGAGGCGGAAAGGAGGGAAACUGGUGGUGAUCUCAACGAAUCCCGGGUGGGUGAAGUAGUAGGUGUGGUCGGGGGAAGGGAAAUCGGAGCACCGAGGGUCCCUAGUGGUGGCACGGUGGAAUUCCCGUGGACGUAGCCGAUUCUCCGUGUGACAGGGGUAUCGCGUCCUUAUGAGCUCG